AGAGACACACACCCACAGACCCCCCCCACCCCCACCCCCACAGAGCCCGGACGGUGAAGGGCAGAGCGCAGACAGAGGGAGAGCUCAGGUCUGAAGGAUGUUUGACUCGGUGAGGCCAUAUGAGAACCAGAAUUACGAUGCGCUGAGGAAGGAAUGUUUGAGCCGAAAACAGCUUUUCGAGGACCCGUUGUUCCUCCCGGACAGCACAUCGCUCUACUACACAUCCCCCAAGAUCACCGGCGUGGAGUGGCGCCGCCCCAAGGAUAUCUGUGAUGACCCUCACCUGUUUGUUGAUGGGAUGAGCGCCCAUGACUUGAACCAAGGGCAGCUGGGUAACUGCUGGUUUGUGGCGGCCUGUUCAUGCCUGGCGUCCAGAGAAUCCUUGUGGCAGAAGGUUAUUCCCAGCUGGAAGGACCAGGAGUGGAACCCGGAGAAAGCUGACCAGUAUGCAGGGAUCUUUCACUUCCGGUUCUGGCGGUUUGGCCAGUGGCUGGACGUGGUGGUGGAUGAUCGCUUGGCCACAGUCAACGGCAAAUUGGUUUACUGUCACUCCAACUCCCAGAACGAGUUCUGGAGCGCUCUGGUGGAGAAAGCUUACGCCAAGCUGGUCGGAUGUUAUGAGGCGCUGGACGGAGGGAACACAGCGGACGCACUGGUGGACUUCACGGGUGGGGUGUCGGAGCAGAUAGACCUGGUGGAGGAGGCGUACACGGGGGACGAGGAGAAGACGACAAAGCUGUUUGAGAAACUCCUGAAAGUGCACAACAGGGAGGGUCUCCUGAGCUGCUCCAUCAGGAUCUGGAACAAGAAUCUGUUGAAAGACGAUUUCCUCGGUCAGGUGACGUUGCCCAGUGACCCCACCGAUCUUCAAUCCCAGCACACUCUGCACCUGAGAGACAAGAGCGACCGACAAGUCAAUGACCUGCCAGGGUACAUCGGGGUCUAUGUGGUCACCAGCAAAGUCCUGAACAGCAUCUGAUCCCCCCCUCCCCUCCCCCCCACCCCCGCGCACACAGUGAGCGGCUCAGUCACUCUGAGGAACAGCCAUAAUCAAGUCUUGGGUCAUUCUUCAUAGAAUCAUAGAAUCAUACAGCACAGAAAGAGGCCAUUCGGCCCAUCGCGUCUGCGCCGGCUCCUAAAAGAGGUUCCAACUCAAGCCCACUGGCCCACUUUCUCUCCAGAGCCCUGCAAUGCUGUCCUCCAAAUACCCAUCUACUUCUCUCUUAAAAGUUGUUAUUGAAUUGACUUCCACUACCCUUUCAAGUCCUCUUGGAGGCUGGUGCUGUCCUCCUCACCAUUAACUACUUUUCCUGGCUAUUGUCUGGAAA